GUGUGAUAAAAUGAGAAAAUAGAUAAAUAAACAGAUAUUAUUGUAUUUCAAAAGUUGUAUUGUCAUCAAAAAUAGAAAAUGUUGUUAAUGUUUGAUGAAAAACAUAAGACACAUCUGUCUUUUCUUCUUGACAUUGACAUUUCAGUGCUGGAAGAGUUUUGUAAAAUCAGUUUAGAGUUCAUCAAGAAAGGAGCAAAUGUUAAAGUUUAUCAAAGUGCUGCACAAAAGUUGAAUGUACCAGCAGAUACAGUGCAGCAUGGGGUAGAAGGUCUCAUGUUCUUGCUCACAGAGAGUUCUAAAUUAAUGAUAAGCGAGAUAGAUUUUCAAGACUCAAUAAUGACCCUCGGUUUCUCAGAACAGAUCCAGCAGGCCCUAUUACAACUAUAUUUACAACACAGGAAGGAAGUUCGAGCUAUUCUCAAUGAAAUGUCAAUGGACUUGCCACAUUACCACAAUUUAGAAUGGAGAUUUGAUGUUGAACUUGCAAGUAGAUCCCUACGUCACCAGGUCACUCCAACCAUUACGAUGAAACUUCAUACACAAGACUGCGGUAAGACAUCGGCACAAGUUCUACAAACAGAUCCCGUAAAUCUACUACACCUGACAAAAGUGCUUGAAGAAGCUUUACAAGAAAUGAAGUCACCAUACUGUAGGAGAAUUGUUAGAAAUAUCAAAUAACAAAUAUUUAUUACUUAUUUUGUUAAUGAUCAAUGAAAUGCUUUGUGAUAUCUUUUAGUUUGAUAUAAUCUGUAUCAUUAAGUGAAUAUAACUCAUUAUGAUUUGUUUUUUGGGUUUUUUUGUUUUUUUGCAUAAAUUAGCUUAUAUUUAAUAACAAAAAAGGGCACAACUUUGAAUUUUAGUAUUUGAAAUACAUUUUGUACCUUGAUUUUAAAUGUGAAUAAAUAUUUCAGUAUUUCACUUUUGUUAUAAAACUCUGAUAAGAAAGUUUGAAAAUGUUCAUUUUUCAUAUUUCAGAAGUAAUAGAUAUAACACAUUACACAAUUGUAAAUCUUACUUAUAUUACUGUGUACAUGUUUUUCAUGAGACAAUGCAUAUACAAAAUAUUUCAAGAAUAUCGAAAUGUUUAAGAUUUUAACUAAAGUAAAAAGAUUCAAGAUUGGAGUAGUAAUGUACAUUUUAUUCGCAAAUUUAUCACCAUAUUUCUACUGCAUGAUUAGAGAUGUAAGGACUUUUUUGCAUAUUUUGACCUUUUUAGCUCGACUUUUCUAUGAAAAGGGGAGCUAUCCUACUCGCCCCGGCGUCGGCGUCGGCGUCGGCGUCACACCUUGGUUAAGUUUUUCGUACCACCCCACUUUAUUUCAGAAGUAUUACAAGUAUGGCUUUGAAACUUACCAUACUUGUUCACCAUCAUAACCUCCAUCUACAGACAAGAGUACAUAACUCUGUCAAGGUUUUUGACAGAAUUAUGGCCCUUUUUUGACUUAGAAAGUGUAUUGAGCUUGGUUAAGUUUUUUGUACCACCUCACUUUUUUUCAAAACCAUUGGAGGUAUUGCUUUGAAACUGACCAUACUUGUUUACCAUCACGACCUUCAUCAACAGACAAGAGGACAUAACUCUGUCAAGGUUUUUGACAGAAUUAUGCCCCUUUUUGACUUAGAAAAUACAUUGAAUAUGGGUAAAAUCCACUUAUUGCCUUAACCCUUUGAGAUAUUGCUUUGAAACUUUUAAUGCUAUUUCACAUCAUUACCCCCAUCUGUACGCAAGAGAAGGUAACUCUGUCAGGGAUUUGUUUUAAAAAUUAAGGCCUUUUAUCGACUUAGAAUCUUGGUUAAGUUUUUUGUACCAGUCAACUUUUUGACUGAACUGGUUGAGAUAUUAAAUUGAAAGUUGGAAUACUUGUUUACCAUCAUGGUCCCAAACAUGGGCAGGAGAAGGUAAUUCUGUUAAGGAUUUUAUUUGAAUUAUGGCCCUUUUUGACUUAGAAACUCAGUUAAAAUUUUCAUUCUUGUCCACUUGUUGACCUAACCAUUUGAGAUAUUACUUUGGAAGUUGGAGUUCUUAUGUGCCAUCAUGAGACCUAUCUGUAAGCAAGAGAAGAUAACUCUGUGAAAAUGUUUCUUGAUUUGUACUUAGAAAUUCCUAGUUAAAGUCUUGUGUGCCCUUAACUGUCAAAGUUUUGUUUUAUAGGCAAGCACUAAAAAAGUCGAGCGCGCUGUCCUUCUGACAGCUCUUUUUUGUAAUUUAUAUGGAUUGUAAGUUCAUUUGCAGUGAGUAAAAUACUAUGUAAUAUUUUCAUUGUUAACUUGACAAUAUUUUACUUUUUAAUACAUUUUAAUUUUUUUUAUGAAAAUUUUGUCCAAAUUAGUUCUUACUGAAUAGUGAACAGUGCAGACUGGUUUGAACUGACUGCAUGUGUUGAAUCUGACACAGGCUUAAUUAAAUGUUGAUUAUUUAAAAAUGUUUACAUGUAGAAGUGAUGUAUAUAUAUACAUGUAUUUUACAAGACAAACCUUGACCAUCAAUUCUACUUCUAAGUUUGAAAUGUGGAAAUGUAAGAGAUAUGUGACACAGUGUUUGUGAAAAGUUUGCCAGUUGUAAUCUUUAAUUCAUGUGCAAUAAUGAUUUUGAAUAUUAUAUUAGAUAAAUUUGAAAAUAAAAGAGAAAUAUUACAA